AUGCUAAACGGGGUUAGUGCGGCAAACGUCGAACACGUGUGCCUGAGCAGAGAUAGCGACGGACGGUAUGAAGGAAAACCCCACAUCAAACAAAGGUUUAACUCCUUCCACUGCCCGAAAAUCGGCUGUCAGCACCGUCAGCAUGGCCGCAGGGUGCAUGUUUUCCGUUAUAUCGGACAGAUCAGCCGACACUACCAAGAGAAACACAUGACCGGAUUUUUUAAAUGCAAGUCCUGGCAGAUGCAUUACGCUCCGGAGUCCGCCCUAACAUCUUACACAGUCCACCUACCAGGAAUCGUAAAUCUUGAUGGCCGUCAUCGUGAAGGCACCUAUGGGUGCACAUCAUCCACAGCAGGAACAAAGCUUUUAAGGGCCAAAUCCAAAUGCCACUUGCGGACAGAAGAUGAUCGCUUUCUGCUCGAAGUGGAGAAGCUGAUGAGCGACAUUGAAGAUGGAACUGUGCCGGAUCGGCUUUUGCUAAAGGAAUUGGCCGCUCUAAUACCGGUGCUCUAGCAGAUUCAGGAUUACGAUCCGGAAUUGACAUGAUUUAAUCUUUAACGACCACAAUACCUUUUUUUUUAAUACCGACGGUUAAAAAGUGUUUAAUGGCGUCUUGCAAUGCAACG